CCCCUUCCUCGUCGGCAUCUGCCUCCCACGUUCCCCGGGAGUCUCACCUGGCCGGUAGCAUCCUCCUGCACUCCCGACGAGGACUUUCUCCGAAAGACGGCCAACUAUAUAAGCGAGAUGCACGCUGUUUGAAGCACGUUAGACGAAAUCGCACGGGUGCGUCGAGCAGGCCACGUCGAGCCGCUGUGCCCCGAUUGCAUCUGUUUCCUUUUUUUUUUUUCGUAAGUUUAUCCCGCAUAUACGCGACUCGGUAGAGCCUGGGGGAGAAAAGGGGAGAGAGAGAGAGAGAGGCAGCGCUGGUAUACAUACGGAACGCAAAUUCGUGCAUGUGACUCGGCGCCGGGGAACGCCGCAGAGACAUCUCCACAAGAGAGAGAGACUUCGGGGACCAUGAGGCCCGCGAGAAGCUGGGCCCCUCUGGCCGCGCUGGUCGCGACGGCUUUGCUGCUGAGGCCGAUCCACGCUGAUGCGCCUGUCUCGGGCAGUUAUCUACCACCCUCAACCAGUUACGGCACACCUAAUCUAGGAGGUGGUGGCGGCGGCAGCGGCGGCGGCGGCGGUUAUCCGGGCGGUGGCGGAGGAGGAAUAUCAACGAGCUACGGUGCGCCUUCAAGCGGUGGCGGUGGAUUUGGCGGCGGCGGCAGCGGUGGUGGUUACGGAGGUGGUCGACCUUCCUCGACCUAUGGGGCACCUGGUGGCGGCGGUGGCGGCGGCGGCGGCGGCGGUGGAGCACCAUCCGGCAGCUACGGAGCACCACCGUCCUCGAGUUAUGGAGCACCGUCUACGAGCUAUGGGGCACCGUCCAGCGGUGGCGGUGGAGGUUUCGGAGGUGGUGGUGGCUUCGGCGGUGGCGGCGGCGGUGGAGGACUCUCCAGCAGCUAUGGGGCACCACCAUCCUCGAGUUACGGAGCUCCAUCUCGUCCUCCCUCGAGCAGUUACGGGGCACCAUCCGUAGGUCGACCAUCUUCAUCUUAUGGCGCUCCUUCGAGCGGAGGCGGCGGAUUCGGCGGCGGUGGUUUCGGUGGUGGCGGCGGCUUCGGCGGCGGCGGCGGUGGUGGUGGUGGUAAACCCUCCAGCAGCUACGGAGCACCACCGUCCUCGACUUAUGGAGCGCCGAGUGGAGGCAGCAGGCCAUCGUCCACGUAUGGAGCACCUUCCGGCGGUGGCGGCGGUUUCGGCGGCGGCGGUGGUUUCGGUGGUGGCGGCAGCGGCGGCUUCGGCGGCGGGGCACCCUCCAGCAGCUACGGGGCACCACCCUCCUCGAGCUACGGAGCGCCUUCUUCGAGCUAUGGGGCACCGCGCGGCGGCGGUGGGGGCGGAGGCGGAGGUAGACCCUCGUCCAGCUACGGUGCGCCCAGUUCCGGCGGUGGCGGCGGAUUUGGAGGCGGCGGAUUCGGAGGUGGCGGAUUUGGAGGCGGUGGAUACUCCGGUGGUGGUAGUAGUGCAAUAUCUUCAAGUUACAGUGCACCCUCGGGAGGUGGCGGCGGAUAUUCUGGAGGUGGCGGCGGAUACUCUGGCGGCGGCGGUGGCAGCGGUGGAUAUUCGGGUGGUGGUGGCGGCGGUUAUUCCGGCGGCGGUAGUGGCGGAUAUUCUGGCGGCGGUAGUUUUGGAGGUUCCGGCGGUUAUUCCGGAGGCGGUGGUGGCGGUUAUUCUGGCGGUGGUGGUGGCGGUUAUUCCGGCGGUGGUGGUGGCAGCAGACCGUCGUCGACUUACGGUGCUCCCAGCGGCGGUGGCGGCGGACAAAGCUACGCCAGCAAUGGAGGAUACCAAUACUAAUCCAGACAUGUGUUCACCCGGCGAAGACGAUCUUCGUGCUCAAUCACGUCGGCUUCCAGCAGGUUUCCCGGAUUGGACGACGCAAACCGGACCUACCGCGACGUCAAGACUCGUCAGUUCGAUUGAUCGGCUCGAUCGAUUACGCGUUAUUAAGAAACGAACGUCGAUCCGAGAGGCCGACUCUAAUCGAAAGGCGAUGGCCUUGGUGCCCCACAGUUACGAGGAGAUGUCCUGGACACGAUCGCUGAUAACAUUGUGAAUAAAAAUCAGACAGGAUCUGAGACGCUAAGGGCGUUCCGUUGUUAUCAUCGAGUGUGUCCGCAACGAUCGCGCGGAAUAUAUGUUUGAGGUCUUCCACGGGUACGUUUCUAUCCGGCAGCCGACGAGAGAAGCGUGCGAGGACCGUUCGCCGCGUCGUGAAGGUCCGCGACAUUCGUGCUAAAGAUUUAACAACAAGAUGGGUUCUCGGUCGGGAAAAUUGCGAGCAGCGAAGGAAUACUCGUCCUGAUGGCAGGCGCGUUCCCGCGAACGGCCGAAAGAACAAGAAAAGAUGUUGCCCUUUUUUUUCCUUUCUUUAAUAUUAUUAUCACUUUUAUACAUCGGUUUCCAGGAAAGCGUCUGCUUGUUGAACGCGUUACUUCCGUCGGUAUCGAAGAAAAAGAAAAGGAGGAAGAAAAAGAAAAAAAACGAAGAAGAAAAAGAAGAAAGGAAAACGAACGAGAAAACUCGAUUUUCCACAUUCGGAGCCUUGUAACUUAUUUAUUUUGUAAAGACGCUUUUUUUUUGUACUAAUAAUAAAGCCGCUAUACGCUGAUAAGGAAUCUCGUCGACUUGUCAAUUUUCUGUUAAUCCCGCAUUUUGUCGCACUAGAAGAAGAAGAAAUUGCCGUCCUUAAGGAAUCUCCCGCACUUAUAUACAUCAUCUGAUCAUUUCAAUCAUGGAACCAUAUAUUUCUUUGUGUAUAAACUGAAAACUUGAAUUUUA